GGUUUUUGAGGCCGCGGCGCGCGUUCUGUCUCCCGCUUUCUCUAGCGGCGGCUGAGCAGUCAUGUCUUUGACCGGAGCCCUGCGCACUGAGUUGGCUGAGGCAGUAUGUAGCUGCCGGGUGCUAGUAGUGGGGGCAGGAGGUAUCGGUUGCGAGCUGCUGAAAAACCUGGUGCUGACGGGAUUUACUAAUCUAGAUGUGAUUGAUCUGGAUACAAUUGAUGUCAGCAAUCUCAACAGGCAGUUUCUUUUCCAAAAGAAACAUGUUGGGAGGUCAAAAGCUCAGGUGGCUAAGGAAAGUGUUCUGCAGUUCUGCCCUGAAGCUAACAUCACAGCCUAUCAUGACAGUGUCAUGAACCCAGACUACAAUGUGGAAUUCUUCAGGCAAUUCACACUUGUCAUGAAUGCUUUGGAUAACAGAGCUGCUCGAAACCAUGUGAAUAGGAUGUGCCUGGCAGCAGACAUUCCUCUUAUUGAGAGUGGAACUGCAGGGUAUCUUGGACAAGUGACUGUUAUCAAAAAGGGAGUUACAGAGUGCUAUGAAUGUCAUCCAAAACCAGCCCAGAAAACGUUCCCAGGCUGUACCAUCCGCAACACUCCAUCUGAGCCCAUUCACUGUAUUGUGUGGGCAAAAUAUUUGUUCAAUCAACUAUUUGGUGAAGAAGAUGCAGAUCAAGAAGUAUCUCCUGAUACUGCUGAUCCUGAGGCAGCCUGGGAGCCAACAGAAGCUGCUGAGAGAGCAAAUGCAUCCAAUCAAGAUGGGGACAUAAAACGAGUUUCUACAAAGCAGUGGGCAAAAUCCACUGGUUAUGAUCCCAUUAAACUGUUUAAUAAGCUUUUCAAAGAUGACAUCCGAUAUCUUCUCACUAUGGACAAACUUUGGAGAAAGAGGAAAUCCCCUGUGCCGUUAGACUGGGCCACUCUACAAAAAAAAGAAAAGUGUUUGUCAGAACAGCAAAAUGAUGCUUCUGUCCGAGGCCUGAAAGACCAGCAGGUUCUGGAUGUUGGUGGUUACGCACAGCUAUUUUUUCACAGUGUGGAAACAUUAAGAGAACAGCUAUCUCAAAAGGGAGAUUCGGCAGAGCUUGUAUGGGAUAAGGAUGAUCCACCUGCCAUGGAUUUUGUCACUUCAGCAUCUAACCUCAGAAUGUACAUCUUCAGUAUGAAUAUGCAAAGUAGAUUUGAUGUAAAAUCGAUGGCAGGGAACAUUAUUCCAGCUAUAGCAACUACCAACGCAGUCAUUUCUGGUCUGAUAGUGCUGGAAGGUCUGAAAAUUUUAUCGGGCAAGCUAGAACAAUGUAGAACAGUUUUCUUGAACAAACAGCCAAAUCCACGAAAAAAACUGCUUGUACCCUGCACAUUGGAUCCACCAAACAGCAAUUGUUAUGUAUGUGCCAGUAGACCAGAAGUGACUGUGAAGCUAAAUGUCCAUAAUGUAACUGUGCAGUCAUUACAGGACAAGAUAUUAAAAGAGAAAUUUGCCAUGGUUGCACCUGAUGUUCAAAUUGAAGAUGGUAAAGGUACCAUACUAAUCUCUUCAGAGAUAGGAGAAACAGAUGCCAAUAACCACAGGAAGAUAUCCGAGUUCGGCAUCCGAAAUGGCAGUAGGCUUCAGGCUGAUGAUUUUCUUCAAGAUUACACACUUCUAAUCAAUAUACUUCAUAGUGAAGAUUUGGAGAAAGAUGUGGAGUUUGAAGUUGUAGGAGAUGCUCCUGAAAAGGCACCUGAAAAGGAGCCUCAGAAACCAGCAGAAGCAACCUCUGGAGGUAUAACAAAUGGAAGCGACGACGGAGCCCAGCCAUCAACAUCCUCAGCUCAAGAUCAAGACGACGUUUUGAUUGUAGACUCUGGUGAUGAAAGUCCUUCAUCCAGCAAUUCUGAUGACAAUAUGGAGAAUACAAGCAUGAAGCGAAAACUGUCUGACAAAGAAGAACCAAUCAGCACUAAAAGAAAACGUGUGGAGUCACCAACAGAAGAUGAUGAUGAUGAUAUCAUAGAGCUUGACUGAGAGUAUUCCUCAGCAAGCCUCCUUUUUUAUAAUGCUGUGUGACUUAUUAGGGUGUGUAAAAUGUUUAGAACUAGACUGUUCAUCUUAAUGGGUUAGCCUCACUCCUCCAGGUUCAUUUUUCUACAUUGUGAAAUCUUUAAACAAGUUUAUUUAUAAAGUUCAUGUAACUGUUUGUAUUCUGAUGGGAGAACAGAUAAUUCAUUUGAUGAAAGUGUUUUGCAAGUGGUUUAGUACAAAAAAACUGUGGUAUUGCAAAAUAUUUGGAUUGCCAUAUUUAUGUAUUUUUUUGUUACAUUUUGUUUUGUUAUAAAUUGAAGGGAAUGUUCUAGAACUAAACAUUUCUCACACCCUAAUGUGGUUUCAAAAUUGUGUUCAUUUUCCACAAAUGUGCCGCAUCAAGAAGCUAUUCAGUUGCAGUGGCCAAUAAUCCUGCAUUGUAGGUUUUUCAUGGCCUUUUUGAUAGUGAACACGAUGGCCCAUUUGAGGGCGAUAUGUAUAUUACUGUAAAACAGUUCACUUCUCUGUAUUUUUUCAGCUUUUACUGCCGGAUGUCAAUGUUAAGCAAUUUUUGUGCAUUGUUCCAGGUUAUUUAUAUUUGAUGAUUUGUAAACCUCAAAUACAGCUUCCAUACUGUAUCUCCUAAUGGACCAAAUAAACUACAUCUUGUUCAUA